AUGGUUAAGGGAAAAUUAACAUCUUGGGAGGAUAAAUUUUCUUUAGUUCAAUUUGCAUAUAAUAGAGUCAUUCAUAGUACUAUUGGCAUGUCUCCAUUUGAGGCUGUUUAUGGUUUUAACCCACUAACCCCUCUAGAUCUCACCCCUUUGUUUCAAGAUGUUGUUUUGAGUUUAGAUGGAAACAAAAGGGCCGAGUCCAUGAAGAAGUUGCAUGAGAAGGUUUGGGUACAUUUUCGCAAGGAAAGGUUUCCCAACAAAAGGAAUACCAAGUUGAUUCCUAGAGAAGAUGGUCCAUUUGAGGUUCUUGAGCUACUCAAUGACAAUUCAUACAAGAUUGACCUUCCUCCGGAAUAUCAAGUUCAUAACACCUUAAACGCGUGUGAUCUCUCACCUAUGGACGUGGAUGAUGGUGACCCCUUAAAUUUAAGGACAAAUUCUUUUCAAGAGGGGGAGAAUGAUACAAUCCAAGUUGCAUCAAGGCCCUUCACAAGGAUCCAAGCUCGUGAGCUUCAAGCAUUGCGAAGGUUGUUCAUGAAGAGGGACACACUUGAGUACACUCUUGAGCCUUCCCGGGGAUUCCAAGUGUUGAUGAUUGCAUGGGAGGACGGAAUGGAGAAGAGUGAAGAAUAUGGCUAUGCAUACAAAGAGGCUAAUACUUAA